AUGCAUGUUUUCUCUCAUUCUCCCGAUUUUUGUCACUCUAAUGUAUAUGAAGUUGGAUACUCUUCUGAGAGGCUCAAGUGUUUCCAUUUGAUCRAAUGGUUUCUUUUUUUGGUGCAAAAUAAUUUAUGCACUCCCAAAAAUGGGGAGAUUUUAGUUGCUUCAACUCAAGAUUUUUUGACAUCAUCUUUUCUCAUAACAAGAAAAGACACAUUUUAUGACCGUGCAGCAUUUUCUCUUAUGUGUUCUUAUAUGGGAGAUGGCAUGGAUUUGGUUGACUUGCCUACACCUACAAUUGUUAAACCAAUUGAACUUUGGACUGGCAAACAAUUAUUUAGUGUCCUGGUUCGCCCACAUGCAAGCAUGAAGGUCUACCUGAAUCUUACAGUUAAGGAGAAAAGCUACAGCAAAGUUAAAGGAAAUGAGAGAGAGCGAGAAACUAUGUGUCCUAAUGAUGGGUUUGUCUACUUCCGCAAUAGUGAGCUAAUAUCAGGUCAAGUUGGGAAGGCUACUUUAGGAAAUGGCAACAAGGAUGGUCUUUAUUCUGUUCUUCUUAGAGAUUACAAGGCACAUGCUGCUGCUGUUUGCAUGAAUCGUCUUGCUAAGCUGAGUGCUCGGUGGAUAGGUAACCAUGGUUUCUCUAUUGGAAUUGAUGAUGUGCAACCUGGAGAGCAAUUGAUCAAACAAAAACAAACAACUAUUUUGGAGGGUUAUCGURACUGUGAUAAGCAGAUCAAUUUGUUCAACACAGGAAAUUUACCUCCUGAAGCUGGCUGUGAUGCUGCUCAAAGUUUGGAGGCUAAGAUAACUCAAAUUUUAAACGGUAUUCGAGAAGCUACUGCAAAUGUGUGUAUGCAAAACUUACAUUGGAGAAACAGCCCAUUGAUUAUGUCGCAAUGUGGUUCCAAAGGAUCUCCUAUUAAUAUUAGCCAGAUGAUUGCUUGUGUUGGUCAACAGUCAGUUGGGGGCCGCCGUGCACCUGAUGGAUUCAUAGAUCGGAGCCUUCCCCAUUUUCAGAGAAAAGCAAAAACUCCAGCAGCCAAAGGCUUCGUUGCAAAUUCCUUCUACAGUGGCUUGACAGCAACAGAGUUUUUCUUUCAUACUAUGGGAGGACGAGAAGGCCUUGUGGACACAGCGGUGAAAACAGCCGACACUGGCUACAUGUCUCGUAGAUUGAUCAAAGCAUUGGAAGAUUUAUCCAUUCAUUAUGACAGCUCUGUACGAAAUGCUGGUGGAUGUAUAGUUCAAUUCUGUUAUGGGGAUGAUGGAAUGGAUCCAGCGCAAAUGGAAGGAAAAAGUGGAGCACCUUUGAAUUUUGAGCGAUUAUUUUUGAAAGCUAAGGCUACAUGUCCUAUCGAUGGAAACAAAAUAUUGUCUCCAUCAGAAUUUUCUGAAACAGUAGAAGAUAGGCUCUCAAAAAAUGAUGCUACUCCGGAGGGGGGUUGCUCUGUAGCAUUCAUUGAAUCUCUCAAGAUUUUCCUCAACAAAUACGUAGAAACACARAAAAGAGCAUGGAGCGCAUUGUUGGCAGAUAAUGAAUCAGAUGCAGGAAAAACAAUCAUUGGAAGUUCUGAGAAUGAUAACAUUGUGAUUCGGAAGAAGGUAGUCCAAAAUAUAGCUGGUGUCACACACAGACAACUACAGGUUUUUUUGGACACCUGCUUGUCUCGCUACCAUACAAAAAAGAUUGAAGCUGGAACUGCCAUCGGUGCCAUUGGAGCUCAAAGUAUUGGAGAACCUGGGACACAAAUGACACUAAAAACAUUUCACUUUGCAGGAGUUGCUAGCAUGAACGUUACUCUUGGUGUUCCCCGGAUCAAAGAAAUUAUAAAUGGAGCCAAAAGGAUUAGCACACCAAUUGUCACUGCAGCACUUAAGCAUGAUGAUAAUGUGAAUAUUGCCCGRAUGGUAAAAGCUCGGAUAGAGAAAACAAAUCUAGGACAGAUUGCAAAGUGCAUACAAAUUGUAAUGAGUUCCAGAUCAGCUUUAAUAGAAAUCAAACUUGACAUGGAGAAAAUCAGAGAUGCAGAACUCUAUAUAGAUGCCAAUGUUGUAAAACAAGCAAUUCUUCUUACUCCGAAACUCAAACUGAAGCAUGAGCAUAUUAAUGUUUUGGAUGAUAGAAAGUUACGAGUUCUUCCUCAAGACGCAGAUAGGAGUAAACUUCAUUUUAAUCUACACUUCCUUAAAAACAUGCUUCCAAUAGUCGUUGUAAAGGGUAUAAAAACUGUUGGGCGUGCUGUCAUCAAAGAGGAAAAGGACAAAGUAAGAAAUGCCAAAAAGUUCAGUUUGCUGGUUGAAGGAACGGGACUUCAAGCUGUUAUGGGCACGGAGGGAGUUGAUGGAUGCAGCACAAAGAGUAAUCACAUCAUUGAAGUGCAACAAGUACUCGGAAUUGAAGCUGCAAGGAAAUGUAUUAUUGAAGAGAUAAAAUAUACCAUGGAAAGUCAUGGAAUGAGCAUAGACAUACGUCAUAUGAUGCUUUUAGGAGAUUUGAUGACAUUCAGGGGUGAAGUUCUUGGAAUCACAAGAUUUGGCAUUCAAAAAAUGGACAAAAGUGUACUGAUGCUGGCUUCAUUCGAGAAAACCGCUGAUCAUCUUUUUAAUGCUUCGGUAAACGGAAGGGAUGACAAAAUUGAAGGAGUCAGUGAAUGUGUAAUCAUGGGCAUACCGAUGCCACUAGGCACUGGCAUGCUAAAGGUUAGACAAAGAGCUUCUGUGCCACAACAUCUGCCUUAUGGACCAGAUGCAAUUCUAUCUUGAGUUCAACAAGUAUCGAUGGCAUUCAGCUUUUUCAGUGAUCAGGGUUUGUAUAUAGUCGGAGUUAUAGGCCGUAUUUUAUUUAUUUGCGUAGGGAAAGUAUGUAGCUCACUAUCAUAUCGAACUAGUUGUGGUAUGGGCAAAAUUUUGACAAUUUUUCUUGACAACUGAGACUAUCGUUGUUUAUAAUUGUCGUAAUUUGAAGUUCUAAAGUGGUUGCAGAUUCUUGUUGCAUCUGUGGGUAUUCUUUGUGAGCAGUACAAUACAUAUAGAAUGGAAGCGAAUCACCAUUGUAGUCA